AUGAUGUUCCCAGCCGUUGCGGCAGCUGGCUUUCUUUUUACACUCAGCGCCUCUGCACAGUUAAUCAUUUCAAGCGGUGACGGCUUCGGCACAUACUACUACGACAUUGGGCAAGUGGAUGCAUGCGGGACCACUUUUGCGAACCAAAACAAAGGGGGAGUUAUGUGUAGCUCUGCCACCCUGCUCUCUCUUGAUCAGAUGAACUCCGACUAUGUUGUUGCCAUGAACAGCACCCAGUUAGGAGAGGAUCCAGCUCUGUACUGCGGUAAAAAAGUAAUUAUCUCAGUUAAUGGGCAGCGAUCCGACAUGCAGCUCUUUAUCGGGGAUGGCUGCCAGCGUUGCGGCAUCGGCUCUUCCUCCAGCAAUACCUGGAACGCAGAGGGCGCCCCCGGCCUCGAUUUCAGCUAUACUGUCCUAAAUAAAUUGUCUGGCGGUAACGCUUGCAGCGAGGGCCACAUCGCCAUUUCAUGGGAAAUCCUUGAUGACUCAAUAUUUACUUUUCAUGGCAGCCCUUCAGGCUCUACCCCAUCAUCCGAAUCUAGCGAUUUCGACACCGCCACGGUACAGCCCUUAGCUCAAUCUGUGGCCCUGACGAUCAAUAGCGCGUCAGAAGGCCAGCUGGAAGUAAUGCCCACAACUUGUUCAAACAAUGUAUGGCGAUGCAGCGGCGAUGUGCUUGAGCAGUGUAUUGGCAGUAUCUGGACCCCUCGCGUUACUUGCGCCUUAGGAUCCAGCUGCCAAGGUGGCUCGAACCCCUACUGCACAUAA